UGCACACGUCGUUCUGCAUCCAUAAGUCAAGAUGUCGCCGAUCACGACGUACCUCCCCGCUGUGCUGAUGGUUAUAUCUCAGAGUGUGCUGCUGCAUGCCCAUGAGUCAGUUUCAAACACGAACCCUUGGAUUCAGAAGUUUUCUAGCCAACCGCAGAACAACUGUGUUCCUCACAAAGAAUAUGCCACUUGUACUGUUCAGCCAGACCCAGCAGCUCCUUACAAGGUGACUGGCACUGUAGACUUCUCUCAGAUGGAUUUCUGCGGCCACUAUGGUGACCUAUUAAUCAAGGUCACCCUGAAGGGUUUCCCGACCUCUGACCCAGUGAAAGAGCAUGGCAUGCACGUACAUCAAUACGGUGACCUGUCUAACGGAUGCACCAGCACAGGAGGCCAUUACAAUCCGUUCAACAUGACCCACGGGGCUCCCUUUGAUGAGAAAAGACACGUGGGUGACUUUGGGAACAUUCCUGUUCAAGCUGGUCAAGUAAAACAGUAUCGUCGUGAGUGGAUGGCUGAUAUUUAUGGCCGUUACUCUAUAUUGGGAAGAGCAAUCGUGAUUCACGCCGGAACGGAUGACCUUGGAAAAGGCGGAAACCCGUCCAGCAAGGUAAACGGAAAUGCUGGAGCCAGACUGGCCUGUUGUGUCAUCGGACGUGGAGAGGAGUGGUACGCAGCAGACCAACAGUAACUGAUGUAUUCGGAAUAGACUGUGGACAUAUCACGAAUACGGAAUACUGAAUAGUAACACUGCAUUGUCAAACGAAUGUCGCUGUCUGAGCGGUUGACAUACGUCGUUAAAUGGUUUUCAAUGCCUGAUAUCUUAUGGACAUUUCACUGAGUAUGAAUUGUGUUCUUCAUUGGUAUAAUGCUUUCUCUCAGUCUCAUAUUUGGACAAACAGUAUGAAUAAUUUGAAUGCUUUCUGCUCAGCAUACUCAGUAUUGACUCUUUCACGAUCCUUGGUGCGUCUUGGCCCGCGGGAACUAAAACGACCCAGAUGUAUCAUCGAGUGUAUUUAUAUGGUGUUUGACUGAUCUCUACCAAAACAAUAUUAUGGGGGAUUUACCUUAGUCUGUAUAUAUAAAUACAAUGAAUGACAGUAGUUUAAUACAAUCAAAAUAAAUGUAUAAUAAAUCAUAA